AGCGAAGUUGGCUGCAUGAAAACAUUCACGUAGACUGCAGACGGCGAACAACAGCAGCACCAGGAAGCCGCUCGGUUCUCUGAGCUGCGCGCGGUGAAAAAAAGCUUUUCUGCGACUCGGAUUACUCCGACAAAAAAAUAAUAAUAAACUGCUGACAGCCCUCACGUAUCGCGACAGCAGAACUCGGCGAUGAAGAUCCAGGAGGUUUCGGGAGUGUGUGACAUGAGGAGGGCUCCGAGGAGCCCCGAGGGGGACGGGUUCGAGGAGGACCCCCCCCACAGCCGGACCAGACGGGACCUGACGGACCAGCGAGGCUGGGGAGACUUGUCCUGGCAGAGGGAGGGGGAGGAGCAGGAGGAGGCCCGGGACCCCCCCCAGCCGGGAGGGCUUCUGAUCCGCCAACUGCUGGCGGAGGAGAGCGACCCCCUUGUCUCCCCCCGAUUCUACGCCUUCGGAAAUCUGGACGACACAGAGGUCCCCCCUUCCCCACCAGACUCCUACUCCUUCAUGAGUCGGCAGAGGAGCUGGUCUCUGGGCUCCUCCGAGGACGACAGGAGGGACCUGACCCUGGCCCAAGCCUCCAAGAAGAUCCACAACCUGAAGCGCAAGAUCCGCAAGUUUGAGGAGCGAUUUGAGGAGGAGCACAAAUACCGGCCCUCCCACAGUGACAAAGCUGACAACCCAGAGGUGCUACGAUGGAUGAACGACCUCUCCAAGCUGAUAAAGGACCUGAAAGAGCAGAAGCUGAGAGCGUCUGAGGAGGACCUGACGCCCCUGGUGCGCCAGCGCAGCAACACGCUGCCCAAGAGCUUCGGCUCGCAGCUGGACAGGAAGCCGGCGGAGAAGAGCGCCAAGCCGCCGGUGGAGAGCACGCUGCAGACCCUGCAGGCCAAGCUGCAGGAGAAGAGGCAGGAGGAUGGCCGUCCCGAGGACAUCAAGGAUAUGACCCGAGAGCAGAUUGGGGAAGAGAAGAUGGCGCUCCAGAAGGCUCUGCUGCACUAUGAGGGCAUCCAUGGCAGACCGGUGACUAAGGCUGAGCGGCAGGCCAUGAGGCCGCUGUACGACCGCUACCGGCUGGCGAAGCAGAUCCUCUGCAGAGCCUCCACCAUUCCAGCCAUCGGCUCUCCCUCCAGCAAACGCAGGAGCCCUCUGCUGCAGCCUAUUAUCGAGGGCGUGCCCGCGCUCUUCUUCAGCAACGUCAAGGAAGAGGAGGAGGACGGCUCGGAGGACGAAGGUGAGGUGCGGACGGACCCCCCUGGGACGAGCGGGCCAGAGUACCACAUGCUGGGCUUCCUGGACCAGCUGGAGGAGGACCUGGACGGGUGCCUCUCUCCCGCAGAUGAGCUGUCCCCCUCCAAGCAGAGCAUGGACAUGCAGCUGUCCAACCUGCACUUCGCCAGCAUGCCAGAGCUUGUGGAGCAGCUCCACCAGACGCGAGAGGAGAAGAAGAGGAUCCGCAAGAAACUCAGGGAGUUUGAGGACACGUUUUUCAGGCAAAACGGAAGAAAUGUCCAGAAGGAGGAACGCCCAGCCUUGGCAGAGGAAUACACCGAAUACAAGCACGUCAAAGCCAAGCUCAGGCUCCUCGAGGUUCUCAUCAGCAAAAGAGACUCUUCUAGAGUCUCUAUCUAGAGCACGGGCAGGGCUGCCCCACUGUGUCCCCAACUGCUGAAAAACAGUGCCAGUGUUUCCAUGGCGACAUCUGCAUCAUUCGAACAUCAGGAGGGACUGAGAGCAGAGAGCAGAGGGGCUGAGUGCAGAGGGGCUGAGAGCAGAGGGGCUGAGUGCAGAGGGGCUGAGAGCAGAGAGCAGAGGGGCUGAGAGCA